GACUCACUCUCAUUUGGCAUUUAAAAAAAAUUUAAUGAUGGAUGGACUCAAAAUUUCAAUAUUUAUUUUCAUAUAUUCGAGCCUGACGUUUCUUUAUUUAGUUCCCAAUGUAAAUGGUAAAGCAAUAUGUUUAAAUUGCAAAGCUUUGAAAAACUGCAAAGUUCCCGCAAACUUUGUGGCGUUCGCUAAGACUUACGAUCAGUCUAAACUAGUUGACAAAACAGCAGAUGAUCCAGCUGACGCAAAACUGGAUGUUUGUCUUGGACCUAAGAAAAAAAUAUCUGGCACUUUAACAAAUUAUAUAUGCAGUGGUGGGACAGACGGUUACUGUCACGCGAUUACAAAUGCAACAGACGAUAUGUUUACUCUUGAACUAUAUUGCGCGAUGUGCCAGCUAAGGUGCCCUUGUGAAGGUAGACUCAGCCUGGGAACUGGAACUAGAACUAGAGAAACCGCUAUAUUUGUACCAAUAUGUCUAGCAGCAUUUUAUAUACUGGUAUAAUACCUUCUUAUCAUUAUUUAUAAUUGAUUCUAGAGCUCUCAGUAAAUUGGGGUGCAUAGCUGAAAUGUAAAUAAAUGAAGUUCAAACGGUGCUUAAUCAAUUUUAAA